AUGCCUCCAGGUCGAGCACAGCGCUAUUACAAUAAGAUAUCCUCUACCUUUACAGCAUGGAGACGGGCCGAGCGAUUCUUUGGUACUGUGAGCCAUGCGAACCAGGUCCGAGAAUUCAAUUCAACCUCUGAUAUAAAGCAAAAUCAAUACCUGUCCUUGCGAGUCCUCACUGUGACCAGACUCGAUAUGGACCAGGCAGAAAUUGAUGAUCUAGGUCUGGGAGCGGCCUACACAGACGCAGCACAGUGGCUCGCAGGAUUCACACCAUAUACAAAUUACAUCCAGUCAGUCCGUUUCAACGCACCAACCCCAACCUGGCAUCCGGGGAAUAUAGCAAGUAAUGAUCUUGCGAAUAUGACGAGCAGCCGACUCCAACAGAUCCAGGUCGUCCGAAACCUAGAAGAGGAACAUGGAGACGACGAGGAGACAGUCAAUUUACAUCUCUUACUUUAG